AUGUCAAAAGUUCAAGCCUCUGUCGUUAAAGUUCCAGACAGUGAACUCAUUGAAUUUCUUCAACGUUACAUUCGACGUAAGAGGAAAUAUUAUGCCAUCGUUGAAUUUAUACAGUCAGGAAUGCAAAAGACUUCAGAAGAGAUGGAAAGAAUUAUUGACAAACACCACUUACGUCAAUACUCAGGAGUUUACGAUAUGAAACGACUUACAAACUACAUUCUGUCAAAACUUUCAAAAUACCCCUUCAAAAAGUAUCCUUCAAACACUCUGCUCGUUUGCGACGACUUCGCCGGAAAAGGUUUAGUGUCAAAGCCUGACUCACCAUUAGCUAACAUCAUUACUAAAGUCAGACAUUACCACUUAACUGUAGCAAUACUUAUGCAAACAUGGCGUUUUCUUGCUUUAAACAUAAAACGUCUCAUAACUGACUUCGUUAUCUUUCAAGGUUUCUCACGCUAUGAUAUUGAACUCAUUUGGAAACAGUCAGGUAUAACAUUACCUUUUGAAGAAAUUUGGGAAGCAUAUAAGUCUCUCAUCUCUCCUCGUUCAUACCUUGAGAUUCAUAUCAUGACUAAUACCAUUAAAGUCAAAAAUAUUCCAUGGGAACGACCAACAUUGUUUUAA